CGGAAGCUGUCGCCGGCUGGCGGCCGGCCGGCGGCUCUGACUGCUUUGGGGCUCCGGAACGCAGUCGCCUGGGCUGCCGGAGCUUGCCGUGGCUCCUGACCGCGAAGGUCGGAAAGAACACCCCAUGAGUCCUCACCAGACAGGGGCGCAGUCUGGGCACGCGGCCCCCGGCGGCGUGUGACCAGAUCUGCCGGCCGCUUCGGUGUUCGUAAGUGUCCGUGGGCCGCGCGGGCUACGAAGAGACUCUCCGCCUGGGCCAUGAGGAAGGCCGUCAAGUUUUCCUCAUCUCGAUUGGAAGAGACCAGUUGGUGGGCUCUGUUUACAGCAGCGAGCGGGAGAAGCAGGGCUUUCUCGCUUUGCAGUGCCUGUAGUCCCGAGGGUCCAGAGUUCACUUACUAGCACCCGGGCUUGUUCUUUUCUGGGACAGUUCAUGCUCUCACUCCUGUCACCAAAGUGAAAUAGGAGGCUGUCCUCUGUGGAAACCACCAGUUCUUUCAGCCAUGAAGGCAGAAACAGUGUCCCCUACCCAGGAGAAUGCCCCCGAGUCCAGCGGUGUCUUCGGUAAUCUGUGGAGUAGCCGGAAGCUGAUGGUUGUGGGGGUCUUGCUAGGCUCGCUACUUGUCAUCCACCUUCUGGUGAACAUGUGGCUUCUGAUACUUCUGUGUGCAUCGUUGGUGGUGCUGGGAGGAUGGCUCGGCUCCAAUGCCAUUGCAGGGGCUUCGGGUCAAUUGCACCUGGAACGAUUCAUCACAGUCAACGCCUGUCCUCCAUGCCCCGAAGCAGAAAGGCAGCUGGAACGGGAGAUUAACUGCACCAUCCAGAUGAUAAUCCGUGACUUUGUGUUAUCCUGGUAUCGUUCAGUGAGCCAGGAGCCAGCAUUCGAGGCAGAGAUGGAGGCAGCCAUGAAGGGCUUAGUGCAGGAGCUCCGAAGGCGGAUUAGCAGAGUGGACAGCCAUGCUCUUACCCAGAAGGUUUUGACUCUCUGUGGUUGUCACCUGCAGAGCUAUAUUCAAGCAAAGGAGGCCACUGCAAGGGAGCAGAGCUAUUCAGGUCAGCCCUCCCAGCUGUGGGAUGCUUACUGCCAGGCUACCACCCCCCAUCCUGCCAUGCACAGCCCCACCACCGAGAUCACCUAUGCACGUGGCAUUGUGAAUUUGUUAUUUCAAGAGUUAGUGCCCAAGCCCCACCUGGAGACUAGGACUGGACGCCAUGUAGUAGUUGAACUCGUUACUUGCAAUGUAAUCUUACCACUGAUCAAUAAGCUAUCAGAUCCCGACUGGAUCCACAUUAUACUUGUGAGUAUCUUUUCCAAGUACAGACAUGACACAGCCCAAGGAACUAAACCCCCAUGCUCAGCCAAUGUCCUAGAGCAGUCCUCAGUGCCCACAUCUCUGCCAUUGAUUGUUGAAGUAGAGAGUCUGCCAAUAGGAAAAGUGCCUCCUUCUCCAGUCUCGGCCCCAGUACACAUAACCUGCAGUGAGCCAGCCCCCUCCCCAGAGGUUGAAGAAGGCCACGAAGCAGUAGAGGGAGAUUUGACUGAGAUGCUUGAAGAAAGGAAAGUAGGAAAUAACGCGCCCCAUUUUCUACAGCCAGAUAUUCGAGGCCCCUUAUUCUUAUGUGAAGACUCUGAGCUGGAGUCACCGCUGUCGGAACUGGGCAAAGAAACCAUCAUGCUCAUGACCCCUGGCAACUUCCUCUCUGACAGGAUUCAGGAUGCUCUUUGUGCCCUAGAGGAUUCCCGGACUCUGGAGCCUAAGGAUGGUGAGGGGUCUGAAGGUAUGGAAGGAGCAGAAGCUGAGGAAGCUCCAGGAACAGACACAGACACCGGCCUGCUGGUCUCCAUGCUUAACUGCCCAGAGAUCCAGAUUGACACAGCAGACAAGGAUGUAGAACAAGAACAAGUCACCCCUCUUACAGCUUUGCCAGAGGAGCCAGAAAAUUCCUGCCCCCCACGACCUUCAUGCUUAGAAAAGGAUCUCACCAGUGGUGUGAGCUCCCUUGAUCCUACUCUGCCACCAGUUCCACUUUCUUCAUCUCCACCUGGUCCUCUCAGCUCAGCCACCUUCAGCUUUGAGCCCCUGAGUAGUCCAGAUGGCCCAGUUGUCAUCCAGAACCUUCGAAUUACUGGCACCAUUACUGCCCGAGAGCACAGUGGUACUGGAUUCCACCCAUACACGCUGUACACUGUGAAGUAUGAGACAGCCCUUAAUGCUGAGAACAGCAGCAGCCUACAGCAGCUGGCCUACCACACUGUGAACCGCCGCUACCGGGAGUUCUUGAAUCUUCAGACUCGCCUGGAGGAGAAACCAGAUCUACGAAAGUUUAUCAAAAAUAUAAAGGGUCCAAAAAAGCUCUUUCCAGAUCUUCCAUUUGGAAACAUGGAUAGUGACAGAGUAGAAGCCCGGAAGAGCCUCCUGGAGUCAUUCCUGAAGCAACUCUGUGCCAUUCCUGAAAUUGCCAACAGUGAGGAGGUGCAGGAGUUCCUUGCACUGAAUACAGAUGCUCGGAUUGCCUUUGUCAAAAAGCCGUUCAUGGUUUCUAGAAUAGACAAGAUGGUGGUGAGUGCUAUUGUGGAUACCUUGAAGACAGCAUUUCCUCGCUCUGAACCCCAGAGCCCCACAGAGGAGCUGAGUGAAGCUGAGAAUGAAAGCAAGCCCCAGACAGAAGGCAAGAAGGCUGGCAAGUCCAGACUGAGGUUUUCAUCCAGUAAAAUCGCUCCUGCACUGAGUAUAGCAGAGGCACAGGAUAGGGUUCUCUACUCUCUCCAGGAAGGCAAUUCGGAGUCAGAGAUCCUGUCCAUGUUUGGGAUGGAAUCGUUCAUUGAAAAGCAGACAAAGUUACUGGAAAUGCAGCCAGCAGAAGUCCCAGAUAAAGAUCCCCAACAAGUCCCCAAAGAAUGUGUGGAUAGUUGUUUGCUGGAUACAGAUAUAGCCCAAGAGCUCAAAAACAGUGACCCAGGAACAGAAACAGAGUUAGCCGACACGGCCUUGGAUCUGAUCCUGCUGCUGUUAAUGGAGCAGUGGACAUGGCUGUGUACUGAAAGCAUGCAGAAGUUCCUCCGCCUUAUUUUUGGAACUCUAGUUCAAAGGUGGCUAGAAGUACAGGUGGCUAAUCUAACAUGUCCCCAACGCUGGGUGCAGUACCUCCGGCUUCUUCGGGAAUCUAUCUGGCCUGGUGGAGUGUUGCCUAAGUAUCCACGGCCUGGAAGGACUCAGGCACAGAAAGCAGCUACUGAGAAGCAGGCUUUGCAGAGCUUGAUGAGUAUCCUGCCAGAAUUUUUAGUAGAGAUCCUGGGGGUGAACAAGUGCCAGCUGAGCUGGAGUCUAGUCUUGGAAUCAUUCCAGCAACCCCUCAUCAACAGACAUUUGAUUUACUGUCUUGGAGACAUCAUCCUGGAGUUCUUGGACCUUGGUGCCUCUGUUGAAGAGCCUGCCCCAGCCACCUCUGCCUCAGAUUCCCCAAGCAGCCUCAAGAGAAUGGCUGUCUCCACCUAGCUAAGAGUCAUUCACACAGUCUUCAAAGGCUUGAAUAAGAGAGCUUUUCAACCACCCAGAGACCGAUUAAAAUGCCUGUGCCCUCUGGAGCCAAGCUACCUUAGCUGGCCUCCAUCUCAGUGGCUCAGUUCUCCUGUCAGGUCUCCCUUAGUAACAAGUGAUGGGGAUAUAUAGCCCAAUUGCAUGCGUAUCUGUUUCCAUAGUCUUAUAGCAUGUGGAUUUCUACUGGUGAGAAGGUCUUGUUUCUUUGGGAAAGGAAGCUGUGAAGCAGAGGUUUCUCCUUUGCCUUCUUCUCGCCAUCAUAGUUUGCCAACAUCAUGGCUCUGUGCAUGCAUGCACCUAAUCCACAAAUGCAGAAGCAUUGGGUAAUACAGGAGAAAAACUAUAGCCAGAUUUCCUGGGAGGAGAAACAGCCUCCUGAGCUCUCUUUUCCCACGUGGAAACUGAACAUUCAUUCAGGAGCACUUCCUCACCCUGCCUAGUUCCACAGCAAUUCCAGAAGAGGGAAGGAAAGUGUAUUUCAAGGGACUUCCUACUUUUUAGCUAUUUUCUUACACAGCAGCCUUCUAGAGGAUGUCAGGAAUGCUGCUUCCUCUGCUGGCUAGACUUUUUCUGUCCCGAAGGCUUCAAAGCACACUGUUAAACUUCUGGUAAAUCCACCCCACCCUUCACACCCUUUCCUGCAAGGGAUUACACCUCAGAGUUUCUUAACUCUCCUCCCAGCUCCUACCCAAGCACAUGAGUUUUGGAUUUGUAAAUUUCCCUUUGUCUUAACAGAAUCACAUGACAAGUUAGAUACAUGGCCUCAGUGUUUCCAACGAGAAGGGAAAGUACUUGUUCCAUGGCUGAGAGUAUACAAAGAAUAGAAGUAGGGAUGAGUGGGAAUCUUUUCACAAGACUUUGGCAAGAAUGUUUUACUCUGAACACAUAAUAUAGCAAACUUGCAGGAUAUAGAUUUUACUUCCAGAUCCUUAAAGAGUGAAUUUCUUAUGAGCCCAGUGAUGAAAAUAGUAGUGCCCUGUGCCCAUUGGAAAGAUGGAACAAGGAGGGACAGUCACAAGGGAAAGGCUGCUCGCAGUAAAUGCAUGAGUUUCUGGCAUUCACAUGGUACCAGUGGGAGACCAUAGUCACCCCCCAGCUCAUUAGUGUCUAUGUAGCUCUAGCCCAACUUUCCCUGAACUACAGGAUCCACAUGGAAGGGGGUCUUGGAGGAAGACUGGUGAGAAUGGGGUCAAGCACCAAGAGCCAGCGUCAAGGUUUUCCAGACUCCAAAGUAUGUGAUGAGCACACAAUUAAAGUUGUUAAUAGAAAAAGGU